UCCAUGGAAGGGGGACGGGAGCCGGGGAGCAGCCGCUGGCCCCAGGGCGGAAGAUGCAGGGCCGAAGCCCCCAGCUGAGCAUGGAGCUGAACAGACUGCUCCUCCUCACAUCCUUCCUCCUGCACGUGAAGGAAGACCAUGCCAGCCCAACACGGCUGGUCUGUGACAACAGGCUCAUCCAGAAGUACAUCCUGGAGGCCAAAGACAUGGAGAAGAGAGUGGGCCAGUGCCAGGCCCUGCCCGUGCUCAGCUGCCCUGUGGUGCUGCCCUUGGUGGACUUCAGCCUCCAGCAGUGGAAAUCCAAAUCGAACGAGACAAAGCGGCGGGAGAUCCUGUGUGACCUGGCCCUGCUGGUGGGUGCUGCCACAGGGGCCCUGGGCCAGGUGAGCGAGGAGUGCGGGGCCAGGCAGCUGAGCCAGCUUUACCAACAUGCCAACUCCUUCUUCCUGCUCCUGCAGACCUUCAGUUGGGAGGCAGGACACUGGGAGCUGAGCUGCUCCCCACACUCCAUGGAGCAGACCCACAUCACCAGUGUCUUCCUCACCUACCGGCAGCUGGUGCAGGGCAAGCUGCGCUUCUUCUUCCACGACCUGGCCAAGGUCUUGUGCAAGCAAGCACAGGGGGGCAGCAGAGACCCUCCAUGCGGGGCCCGGUGAAGCUGCACACAGGGUUCACCCCAAUGUGACUUUGGAGCAAUCCUGCUGGACACUGAGCUGUGCUCUGGGUGCCCAGGAAGAUGCCCACAAGGAAAGGGUUGGCUCCUGUUCCUCAAGUCUUCGGAGACCAUGCAACCCACAAAGGCAAAGAGCAACACCCAUGUGCUGGCGGGCACAGGCCCUGCUCCCACCUGGGCAGGCACUUCUACUGUGAAUGCUUUUCGAUUAAAGAG